AUGGAGUUUGACCGAACAUCCUUCAUUCCUCCCCAUGAAGGAGAUACCAUCCUCCCGCUCUCGCCAUUUUUUUCUCGGUUGGUUCGUCAUGCGCAUUGCAGACCUCCGCGUUUGGCAAUAAGGGAUGUGAAUCUAGGGUUGGAGAAGACCUAUCUCCAGUUUGUGACUGAUGUCCUCGCAUUGAGAAGUACGCUGCGAAACUGCCUGGGGGCGAAGACGGUGAAGGAUAUAAAGGAAGGCAAGGAGGUGUAUGUUGGGUUGCUGGCAGCGGGAGGGUAUGAAUAUGCGGUUGGAUUCGUGGCCAUCGCAGCAUUGGGUGCAGCAGUUGUGCCGAUGACCCUCGUUCUCCCCAUCCGGGAGGCAUCGUACUUUGUGCUCAAGGCCCGCUGCGUCGCGGUGCUUGCUUCGACCGCUGGCCAAAAUCUAGGCGACUCCCUGAGCCAAUACCUCAGAACUAAUAAGGGAACCGAUAUCCGCUGCAUCCCCAUCUCGACAUCCCUUCAAUCCUCUCCGUUACCGCCUGACAAAAUCCGUCUUUCCACGGACCGAUAUCUCGAUGACAACGGCCCUGCAGUUGUGAUCUUUACCUCUGGCACUACGGGCCCACCGAAAGGUGCAGUGAUGCGGCGUGCCUUCUUGCAUGACACCUCUGAGGAAAUCGGCCAGCAGUUCAAGGUCACCGAAUCCGAUGUGGUUCUGCAUGUACUGCCAGUCCAUCACGCCACAGGCGUUGGGAUCAAUUUCCUCCCUUAUAUCUUCUCCGGUGCGUGCGUCGAGUUCCGCAGUGGCAGCGUGGAUAUCGCCUGGCUCUGGAACCGAUGGAAACAAGGGGGCGUGAGCGUCUUCUCUGGAGUUCCCACGAUAUACAUGCGCAUGAUGCGAUACUACGAGCAGAAACUGGCGUUUUUACCGGAGCACGAGAGAAAGCCUUACAUCGACGGCGCGAGGCGACUUAGAGUCCUACUCUGCGGCACGUCUGCGCUGCCGGAGCCCGUGCAGGAGUUUUGGAGCGGGAUACUAGGAGGAACGAAGCGUCGUAUCCUGACCAGAUACGGGUCGACAGAGGCAGGCGCCAUUUUCAGAACACCACUCGAUUGCGAGGACGUGCCUACAGGGAGCGUUGGCCAUCUGGCUCCCGGCGUGACCGUGAAGCUUUCCAACGGCGACGAAGGUGAAAUCCUCGUGAAAAGUCCCUGGAUGUUUGCGAAAUACCUCCACGAUCCAUCCGCCACGGCCGCCGCACAUGAUGCGGAAGGGUUCUUCAAAACAGGCGAUAUCGCUCGUCGAGAGGGACGAAACUACUUCAUCCUGGGCCGGUCAUCUAUCGAUAUGAUCAAAACAGGGGGGUAUAAAAUUUCGGCCCUGGACGUGGAGCGAGAAAUUCUCUCCCUUCCGUACAUCGAUGAGGUGAUGGUCGUCGGCGUGGAUGACGUUGAAUACGGCCAACGCAUCGCCGCCGCAGUGGUGUUGCGGGACGACCAGAAGAUCUAUCGGUGUACGGGCAAUGGUGGCGUUGGUAAAGAAUUGAGCGUUUAUGACUUGCGGGAAGAUUUGAGAAGCAGACUGGCAGGGUAUAAACUGCCGACAAUACUGAGGGUUAUCGAGAAAGAACUGCCAAAGAGUGCGACGGGAAAGGUAGUCAAGAAGAUAUUGGGGCCAAAGUUUUUCCCGGCGGAUUAUAGAAAUGAUGCGAUGGUUCAGGUUUGGGAGAGGAAAGAUAUACAGGUUCAGGCAAAGUUGUAA